GAAUGAGUUAUCGCGAGACUUGAUUCGAUCAUGGCGUCAUGGGUAUGAUGAUGUCGUUGUUGAAACAACUUUCUCCGUAGUAAGCUGUUGAUAGUGUUUCGGGCAGUCGUUUAAACCUCGCCCACACUGUCGCAAACGGGGAAUUAAUUGCCAAACAAGCUUGCAGAUUAUUACCUGAUGUGGAGGAGUAUCUGCUACAGUACUUCAGGGACUUUUAGAAGAUUUUGUGAUGUCUUAAACCUUGAUGGGAUGAAACAUGAGGCGUCGGGUUGCUUACAACUGUGAGGAAUCGACAAUGUCAUCGAGUUCAAAGGGCUCGUCAUAUCAAUAUGACUAUCCAGGGACAUUCAAUUGGGAAGAUUACAUGAAAGAAACUGGUUCACAAGCAGCACCUGCAUCUUGUUUUAAACAAUCUUCAGCGCCACCUAACAAUGAAUUUAAGAAUGGCAUGAAGAUAGAAGCGUGUGACCCUCGUAACUUAACUUCAAUCAGUAUCGCUACAGUGGUUGGGAUGCAAGGUCCUCGUCUUCGUUUAAGACUCGAUGGCAGUGACAACAAGAAUGACUUUUGGAGAUUGGUAGACUGCUCGGAUCUUCAUUCGGUCGGUUAUUGUGAACGCAACGGAGGUUUACUGCAUCCACCAUUAGGUUUUCGGAUGAAUGCAUCAUCAUGGCCAAUAUUUUUACAGAAGACUUUAAAUGGAGCUGAAAUUGCCCCGGAAAAAUGUUUCAAAUCAGAGCCGCCUUCUCCACAUUCAAAUGACUUCAAGGUUGGAAUGAAACUUGAAGCAGUUGAUAGAAAGAACCCACAAUUGAUCUGUCCAGCGACGGUCGGUGCGGUGAGCAACGACCAGAUAUACAUCACGUUUGAUGGUUGGAGAGGAGCAUUUGACUACUGGUGCCGUUUUGAUUCCAGAGACAUUUUCCCUGUCGGUUGGUGUGCCAAAAGUGGUCAUCCGUUACAACCUCCUGGACAGAAAGGCACGUCGCAGUACAAAUUGAACAAGGUGAUAAAGCACCAACCCAUGGUGCUGAACCUGCCGGCUCCUGGAGCAUCAUCGGCCAGUCAAGUGACCACCCCAGCCACAGGCCCUGGGGGUGGGGGGCAGUCGCGCUCAUCUAUUGCCAGUCCCUCCAGCCCUGACCGACAGCUCUCCCCACGAGAAGCCCAUUCCCCGGUAGUCAUGAUUACAGAACCAGAUACAAGUUCUACACAUAGCAGCACCACAGUGUGUGUCUAUAUCAACCGUUCAUGUAAUCCUGGAAGUUACUUGAAUCCUCGUAAGGUACAGCAGCUUCCUUUGCAUUAUGGACCGGGCACAUUGCAUAGAGUUUUACGGGAAGUGGCCCAGGGCUGCAUUGAAUGUGGAAACCACGAACAAACAGUCUUCAAUCUUUUGAAGGAUGGAACUAGUAAAAUUAUUGUUACAGCAAAUAAUGGAAACAAAACUUACACCAAACGCCUCCCAUCAGCAUUCAAAAUCUCUGAUUUCUGGAGCUACUUAGAAGGUAUGAUGGAAGAGCUUGGCUGUUGCGAGAAUUUCCUAUCCAGCCAACCUUUAGAAGGUCGAUGUUCAAAGUGCCUCAAAGUUAGCACUCAUCGUAUUAAAAUAGAAGAAGACAGUCCCGAACCUCGAGAGUCUCGUCAUCACAAAGCUCCACGGCGCAGGUAUUCCAAUGAAUCUAUUGACAGUCAGAAAGGCAUCCGCAUGCACAAAAUCCAAAGAAAAAUGUCUGCUUAUGAGGCUGAAGCGAGCUCUACGACAUCCGACCACAGACCUCACAAAGUCUCAACCGAUCCCUCUGAUUGGUCUAUUGAUGAUGUAAUCAAUCACAUUUGUGACACAGACCCAGCUCUCAAACCACACACAGAAAUUUUCCGGAAACAUGAAAUUGAUGGUAAAGCCCUCCUGUUGCUCAACAGCGAUAUGAUGAUGAAAUACUUGGGAUUGAAACUAGGACCUGUUCUAAAGUUGUGUAACAUUGUAGACAAGUUGCGAAACUCAACGGGAGCAUCUGGAAGCAGUGGCCGAAAAUGAAAUGGUUUUUUUUGUUUUUGUUGUCUUUCAUCUUCUCAUUUCAGCUGGCUCUAUCUUCCAUUGUAGUGCCUCUUUUCUAAGCAACACUAUUUUCUUGAAUUAUCAGCAAUACUAACUACUUACCGACCCACAAUUAAUAUAGAACGUGGAUUGUCUGCAUUUCACAAUAAUAAUAAUAAUAAUUAUAGACGUGGAUUGUCUACAUUUCACACCAAGCCCACAACAUCAGCUUUCUCAGCUUAGCCAUUGAACUGAUGCACAGAGGUUUCUCAUAAAUGCCAGGGAGAGGGUUUUUUAAGUGGUUUUUUUUUCUUAGUUUCAUCAAAGACAUACACACACACACACACACAUGCAAGCACUCAGAUACACAUUAGCAAAGUCUGUCGACGACUCCAUUCUAUCAUAUUUGUCUUGUAGUAACAGCAUGGUAUAUUUUGUUAUCAUUGUUAUGAGGGCGGGAUGGCGUCCCCCCUAAAAUAACAGUGAAAAAAUGAUCCAGUUAUCGUUUGGGUCAGUGUAUUUGUUAAGAGCUAACUUCACCCACGACCACCACCAGUGAGGAUCACUGAAGCUUAUUGCUGUUUAAAAGCAAUAACUAAGUGAAUCGUCUGUGAAAACUGAACAGUUCUGAAUUUUCUGCUCAACAGGCUAUAUUACUCAGUUGCACUGUGGCUCAGUAGGUUGUAUUAUUGAGUUCCGUCUAUACUCAGCAGGUUGUACUACACAUCUCUAUACUCAGCAGGCUGUAUUAUUGAAUCCCCUCAGUGUUCAGCUAGCUGUAUUGCUCAAUCACAUCUAUACUCAACAGGUUGUAUUACUCAGUUAUAUCUGGACUCAGCAGGCUAUAUAAUAUUAUUCAGUGACAUCUAUACUCAACUGCCUGCAUUGCUUAGCUACUCAGCAGAUUGUACUACUCAGCUGGCUGUGUUACUCAAUGGCAUCUAUUCUACUCAGCAGGCUUUAUUACUCAGUUACGUCUAGAUUACUCUGCUAUCUGUAUUGUUGAGUUCCAUCUGUGUUCAGCAACCUGCAUUAUUCAGUUACAUCUAUACCCAGCAGGUUAUAUAUACCUCAUUUACAAAUUGACUCAUCCAAAACAGGAUUACAAAUUAUACAUACAUUCAGAGAGAGAAGUAAAAUUCUAUUGUUUCACUUAAUUUUUUUAUUCCAAUUUACAACACCUGUCUAUUAAUUAACAGCAAAUGAAACAUUUAUCAAUUUGUAGAUCUUUGUUUUUCCCCAAUAAAUCUGAAUUAUUUUUUAAAUAACUGCUUCUUUUCUAUUUCAAGUAUUUGAAUACUUCAAUGAAGGUUUUUUUUUUUUUUUUUUUUACUUAGCUUUUCUCUAAGAAAGACGCUGUUCUUUAAAUGUGAAGUAUAGCAAGUUACUUGCCCUGCUGUAUCUAAUGUCCACAACACCUUUCAUUAACCAAUGCUCAACAUUAUUUUCUUGAGACUGAAUAAUCAAAGUCAGUCUUCAGAAAUAUUCUUCUUCUUCCAAAAGUAUUGUUGA